AUGACGGGGGGCUUCGCGCCGAUGGAGAUCGACGGGGAGAGCUCGCGCGCGGCGCCCGCGGGGAAGCGCGAGGUGUGGGCGUGGUACGGGUACGACGCGGCGGUGGCGGGAUUCUACUCCGCCGCGCUGCCCAUCUUCUUCCCCCUGCUCCUCGUCGCGCUCGCGUCGGAAUACGCGUGGCAGCACGCGGCGUCGCCGCAGCCGCCCGCGUGCAGCGCGGACGUGACGAGCGAUUGCCUGCAGUGCGUGCCGGGGAAGGGCACGCAGCUGCAGACCUCGGCGGGGUACACGGAGGCCCCCAUGCCGGGUAUCCCAGUGGCAGGCGGGGGCAGCAUCAACCCGGUGUCGUUCGCGACGGCCAUGCUGGGCGUGUCCGUGCUCUUUGAGGUCGCUGCGUUUGUCACUGUUGGGCCCCUUGCUGACUUUGGCCGUGGGCGCAAGCAGCUACUGCAAGUGGGCACGUACAUGGGAGCAGUGGCGUGUGUGCUCUGCCUCGUCCUCGCCUCGCCGGCCCUGUGGUGGCUCGCCGCCGUGCUGCUUGUCAUCGCCAACAUUGGCUACGGCAUCGCCACCGUUGCUUACUACAGCUACCUGGCAGUGCUGGUGGACGCGUCCCCCGAGGUGCAGCAGGCAGAGGCGGCGGGACUGCCGGUGCAGGCGGUGGUGGAGAUGCGCGAGCAGGUAGAGAAUCGCCUCUCCCUCACGGCAGUCGCCUGUGCCAGUGCCGCCUCCAUCAUCGUAACCCUCCUCGCCCUCGCCGCCACGCUCCCCACCUCCUCGCCUGCCCUCAAGCUGCGCCUCGCAGUGGCCCUCUGCGGCGCCUGGUGGAUCCUCCUCGCGCUGCCCACCUUCGCCUUCCUCAAAGCCCGCCCCGGCCCCGCCCUCCCCCCGGGCUCGCCCCUGCGAGUCUUCUCCGGGUGGCGCCAUCUCGGCGCCAUUCUGGCCGAGGCGCGGCGGUACCGCAACGCGUUUGCGUUCCUGGUGUGCUACUUUGUGUACGCGGAUGGCUACACCACCAUCAUGCAGAUCGGCGUGCUGUUUGGCCAGAGGGAGCUCUGCCUCUCCACGGGAGCUACUGUUCUGCUCGCCUGCUGCGUCUUCCUCUUCGCGCUCCUCGGCACGCCACUCGCCUUCUGGCUGCAGCGCGUGUCCGGGCUGCACAAUAAAGCCAUGGUCUGCGUGCUUAUAGCGGGGAUGAUUCCCCUCCCGCUCUGGGGCCUGCUCGGGUACCUGACACCGGACGGCGGUGUGGGGUUGAAGUCAGCGUGGGAGCUGUAUGUGUUUGCGGGGUGGUUCGGGGUGCUGCUGGGGCCAUUGUCGUCGUACUCGCGCACACUGUUCAUUGAUAUGAUCCCCGUGGGGAGAGAGGGCGCCUUCUUCUCACUCUACUCCGUCAGCGACAAGGGCUCCUCCUGGCUCGGGCCCUUCAUUGUCGCUGUCAUUGUACAGGCCACGGGGGAGCUACGGGCGUCCUUCUUCUACAUCCUGGCGGUAAUGCUGCUGCCACUGAUCGCGCUAGUACUGGCGGUGGACCAUGCACGCGGCAUCACGGAUGCAGGGCGCAGCAGCCGCAGCCGGGCGGGCGACACGGGCAUCGCUCAGGACGACCAGCCCAAUGUGGUGGGCGGCGUCGUGCCGUAUACUGCCAUGCGCGCUCACUGA